UCACUGUUCAUCGAAGAUCAUAUCCUGUUGCUCCUUAAUUAUAUCAUCAUGUCUCGUAUUCCGACUCCUUUCCAGCUCUUGGAACUCAAUGUCAUAUCCGCGCAGGACCUGUCUCCGGUGUCUCGGGCCAUGCGAACCUAUGCGGUUGCAUGGAUCCACCCGGAUCGGAAGCUCUCCACUCGGGUCGACACGCACGGCCACAAGAACCCGACUUGGAAUGACAAGUUUGUCUUCCGGGUCGAUGAGGACUUCUUGUACGCCGACACCUCAGCCGUCAUGAUCGACAUCUACGCUCUCCAUUGGUUCAAAGACAUCCACGUGGGAUCCGUUCGUGUCCUCAUCGCUAACCUUAUCCCCUUCCCGCGCAGCAACAAUCCCUCCUCGGGGAUGCGGUUCGGGGCGCUCCAAGUCCGAAGGCCGUCGGGUCGUCCCCAGGGGAUUUUGAACAUUGGUGUGGCGGUGCUUGACAGCUCCAUGCGGAGCAUGCCUCUGUACACCCACAAUCCCUCAGCCGUUGGAUACCGCCAUUUGAUGGGCGAGAAAGAUGCUUAUGAGCAUCAUAAUCAUAUGAGCCCUCGACAUGCUUCCAAGCCGGAGCUCCGGCGAACCAAGAGCGACACCAGCUCUAUGAUCAGCGCUCGACAGCAAAGGCCCAGGGGCACAAGGGGGAAAGCAUCUUCGGUGUUGUCAUCUUCAGAUGCCACUUCUAGGAAGAGCGGCAAGAAAAAGAGCCGCUCACGGUCUAGGGCUAGCUCCAAAGUUAGCGGCUCCGACGUGAGCGAAGGCGGUGGCAAAAUUGGAAAACCGACCUCUGUUCUCAGCGAGCCUGGGGCUGGAUUCCAAUGGAGGGCUAAGUUUGAGGGGCCAGAUUCUAUGCUCAGCGGCUCCGACCUAGAUGAGAAGCCGAUCAAGGUUAAGUCCCCCAGUCCGAAUCACAAUGCCAAGGAUUCUGAUGUCAUCGAUCACAAGAACCAGAAAUUGCAAACGCCAGAAUCGUCGACGACAGACUCAGAAACGACCACCGACACUCAUGAUACUACCGAUAACUUCAAUGCCGCCUUUGAAAACCAAAGACUCUUUCAGAAAACCAACAAUGUGUAUGAAGUCAAGCCAUCGCCGAAACCGCAGUUUCGGAAUUCUCCGGGUCCGAAGCUCCUCCAAACGCCACCAGUCGGCUUCGGAGGUACACAUAAGAACACGCCAAUGCAUCCCACAGCGGGUUACGGAGGUUCGCAUAAGAAUACGCCAAUGCAUCCCACAGUGAGUUAUGGAGGUUCGCACAAGAAUACGCCCAUGCAUCAAGCGGUAGGUUACGGAGGUUCGCACAAGAACACGCCCUUGCAUCAAGAGGCAGGUUACGGAGGUUCGCAUAAGGCCACGCCAAAGGGAACUCCAUUGCAUUCGAUCGGGAAGUUCAAUCCGGCUUUAGAGUACGCAACCCCGAGAAGAUCCAAUUUAGGAGGCAUCGCUCCUCGUAUUAUAACAGAAUCGGAGCUCGGACCGUCACCGUCAGAGGUGGCGGCAGCAUUGGCAAAAAACCCGAAGAUCGACGAGGGUGAAAGUUCCACGGUGGGUGGGUGGAGCCUCGACGAGAGUGUGGAGGGAUUACAAUCGAAGCUGGAUAGGUGGAGGACGGAGCUUCCACCGGUGUACGAUCGGGGCGAGCUCUCGAGCUACCCAGCGUCGACCAGGAGCAAAAAAUCCAUGCAUAACCGAAGGCACACAGACGGAGGGAAUGGUUUGUUCUCGUGCUUCAGCAACAUCUGUGGCUGUCAAUGCACUAUCGUUUGUGGUGGUGACAAUUCAAGGAAGAAAACCACCGGCCACCGGCGGACUCCAUCCGCAGGCGACACGAGUUUCCUCUGA